AUGGCUGCAAAGUCAAUAUCGUUUGGUAACACAAACUCGGGACUCCAAAUUGGAGAGAAUUACGGUUCAAUUGGUUCAAUCAGGCCCCAGAGCGACCAGAGACCCCGCCAGAUCCGGAUAUUUUCAUCCCCUUUCGACGUGAUCCGGACUUUUGUGGACCGCGGCACGAUCCUCGAUGAUAUCGCAGAGAGAAUUUCUGCCCUAGCAUCGAGGAUAGCACUUGUCGGCCUCGGUGGUGUUGGCAAAUCCCAGCUCGCAAUUGAGUUUUGUCACCGGGUCCGAUCUGCAUCGCCAAAUACCUGGGUCUUCUGGAUCCAUGCCAGCAAUGCGGCUCAAUUCGAGCAAAGUUUUCGGCAGAUUGCAGAUCAAGUCAAAUACGAGGUCGCGGGCAUCCCCAGUCCAACAUCUUUCAACUCGUCGAAAAUUGGCUUCAGGAUACCAAGCACGGCAAGCCAAACCCAGCAUCACGCAAAUGCUUUGACAAAACCGCUUUUGGAGUUUCUUCCUAGAAAUUCAAAUGGCUCGAGUUUGAUUACAAGUCGCAACAAAGAAGUAGCCCUGAAAAUGCUGGACCCCAGGGACGUGAUUGAAAUUGGACCACUGGACAAGUCGGAGGCACUUGAAUUACUGCGCAGAAAGAUUGGACCUCAGAAACCAGCCUCCGGGGCCUCGGACGAUGCACAGAUCUCGGAGCCAUCACAAGUCCUAGAACUUGUGGAAGCGCUAGACUUUAUGCCCCUGGCCAUCACACAAGCUGCCGGAUACAUCGCACAUUAUGCACCCCGACGCUCGGUAUCCGGAAGAGCUUCAGGUGGAGGCGUUGGAGACGAUGAGGGUGAAGCUGAGUGA